AUGGCGGCCAAGCAGUGGGUGCUUGUUGCCACCUCAGCUGUCACCUUGGUCCUAUACGCUCUCCUCUUGCUGACACUUUACAUCAUGCUGAGUCGGAAAAUAGCCAGCCAUUCCUGCGGCAAGCAGGCGAGCAGCAGCCCUGCAGCACAGCCCCAACAGCCUCCGACCUCUUCAGCCGGAGGGGAAGGGGUGCAAAGACCGACCUACGCAGGGAGCAGCGACACGUCUUCGGAGACCUCGGAGGACUCAGACAGCAGCCCUUCCUGCUCGCAGGGCCCUCUCGCAAAAGAAAACCUCAAUUACACGUCCCUGGUCUUCCCAGGGAAAGGCCGUGGGUCAGGCUCGGUCACGGACUACGAGAACAUGAAGACUGGGGCGGACUACAUCAAUGUCGACCCAAAGAAGAGGAAAGUGGAUUUCUGGCCCUGCUCCAGCCCUGUGACAUCCAAGUCCAUCGAGUACACCGAGGUGAAGCUGUGA